GUCCUUCGCAGGCGCGUCCCUAUAAAAGACACACGAAAGUGACUUUUUGUUAUUACUAUUAUUAAAUCGAACGCGCCAAGAGAAGAGACACAACACCAUGAUCCGAAACAUUUUGAUAUGUCUGCUUUUUACACUUGUUGCAAGUAAACCACAAAACAACCUUGAUCCAUUACAAUUCGAAAGAGAAUUGGAACAAAAUAGAAAUGCCAGGUAUCAGUUCAACAAUGAUGUCGACGAUCAAAUUCAGGAUUUAACACAGUCACGCCAAGAAACCCGCGAAGGUCUAAAAGUAACUGGAAAAUACUCUUACAGUGACGGGUUCGUUAAAAGAACGGUAUUCUAUGAAGCUGAUGACAAGGGAUAUCGUGUAACUGCGACGGAAUCAGUACCACUGGGUAAUGGUCCUCAAUUUAAUCCAUCUGGUACAGCCUCUGUAAGUAUGGCCCAGCACGGGAAAAGCUUAAGCUACAGGGUGGUUGGUGUUCCACACGAAGGGCCCGUAGUAAAGCACGUCGACAGCGAGAAGGUGCACAGAAACAAUUAGCUAACGACUGAUUAAUUUUAAGUUAAUUUAGGUUCAUAAUUAUGGAUUCAUUAUUAAUUAAAAUCAUAAAAUUAC